AUGCUCUACGAAACGGUUUUCUCCCGUGUCGUCGAACACUCCGAAGAGUAUCAAACUUUAGCGUCCAUCAGCGUUUCAGAAUCCAGUGGUGAAGCUUAUGGAUCGUUCAAGAUAUCUAGCCGUUCCAAGACAGAAAAAGCAAUCACCUUGCCCACCUUUACUGACACCUUGUUGCACGCGGCAGGAUUUGUUGCGAAUACCAGCAUCCGUGCGACCGAUGCCAGUAUCUGUGGGGAAGUUGACCUCUUUGACAUCGAUGAAGGCACAGUAUUAGCCGAUACCUAUGCGUUGGAUUCGACUGCCAGGAUCAUCGCGGCUGUUGAAGGUAUGCAUUUCAAAAAACUUAUCCUAUCAUUAUUCAAAGCAGUGCUUGAACGUAUCAUUGGGAAAUCCUACGGCGGAGAACUACCCUCAGCUGCUGAAGUUCUUCCCGAUUCGUCCGAUUCGCCACCGCUUCCUUCAGGAUUCAAGAGUCCAUCAGUACCCGAAGACGGUAUUUUGCGACAGCAAAACAUCAAGGCUAAAUCACCCGUAUUAUCAUGGAUUCCUACUUUGGGCGUGGACUCGUUGAUGAUACUAGAGUUUGUUUCUGCUGUCAAAAAGGGAUUUUCCGAUCGGUCAGUAGAAGAGUCGGCAUUGAUGCAAUGCUCAAGCAUACAUGAUCUUGAGAGCGCCAUUCAAUCUGCUUGCAGCACGCCUCCUUCUCAGACGCCGGACGACACGAGCUCAACUGCAACCACUGAUACGAGUUCGGAUAUCAGUGGCUUAGGAAAGACAGAAAAGGAACUAAGGGGCCAAAGCCCGAAAGGUCCAGGAGCCCAAGAGCUGAAAAUGGACGGCUCACCGGUCUCACUUGAGGAAGGUGACUCCACAAGUGCUUCGCUCUAUCUUUUCCAUGAUGGCAGCGGUCUUUGUAAAAUGUACUCGGAAAUGCACGACAUAGGACGCGAUACGCAUGGUUUCUCUAACCCUGGAUUUUUCGAAGCCGACGAUCAACCUUCCAGUUUGCUUCACAUGGCGGCACGUUACGCACCACAUAUAGACACCUCAGCAAAACGUCCCGUCAUUCUUGGAGGUCAGUAG